UUUACUUAAAAACUGCCGAUCGGUUACUCAUUAAAAUCUCUUUUCUGUAACACUAAUAAAUAAUCCUAUACUUAACUUCAAACUUCAGAUUUUUCUGCUUUGAAAUUGUCAAGUCAUAUAUAAAGGAAGCUAGGAAUUAUAAUUAUUGUUUUACUUUACAAGGAAAGAUUUGAAUUGAGAAAUUAAUUUUUUUAUUACAUUUUACAGUAAAUAGUAACCCAAACUACCAAAAUAAUAAUGAUAAUUAAUUAUAUUGUUGUUAAAUAUAUGAACUAUUGUUAGAAUGGCAACUAAUAAGAUGAAAAUAAAACAAUAAUUACCAAAAUCAUAAUCGGACAGAAGUGCAUUCUAUCCAAAUUUCCGUUUUUUUUAAAGAAUCAAAGUGACAGAUUAAAAACAAGCGAAGAGAAAAAUGAAUAAUACAGGAUUAUUCGGAAGAGUCAAUUUGGGUUUUGAUGAAUAUGACGAAAAAACACCGGAAAAUCCUUUUACACGUUCUGUGAAAAGCAUUCGGAUUCGUCCUUUCUCACAAUCUCUUAUUACUUCCGAAACUCAAUUAUGCCAAGUGCCAUGCAUCAUUAAAGAAAACUGUUGUCACGGACGACGACGCUCUGGCUGUCACUGUGAUAUGAAAAAAUCUACUCAAUCUCUAUCCUCGUACAAGAAUAUUUGCCCGACAGCAGAGGAAACUACACGCAAUUUUCCGGAAACUGAUGGGAAUUUUAAAGACUAUUUACAUUCCACCCGUUACCGUCCACCAAGGGAAUCGAAACAAGCAUUUAAUUUACAAAAAGAAAAGCCGAUAUUAAAAUCGGAAUUAGCAAUUUCCCAAGACAUAAAUGAAAAUUUAUACUCGACAAAGUUUCGUCUCGAUAAUGACGUUAAAGACAAUGAAAAGAACAAAUUCGAUUUCUCGUACUCAGAAAACGAAGGAAGUUUUCAGAAUAGUUCAGAUAUUGUAGAGAAUUUUUACAAAUUAACCCCCGAAAAACACGUCACUUUUGAUGUUCCAUUUAAUUCGGAAAAAAUUAGAAAUAAAGAAGCGAGUACAACCAAUCCCAUUAUCAAAGAAGAAUCCGAUGAAUCAUCUCUACCGUCGACCAACAGAUUUAUUAAUGAUAGUUGCAAGAUUCAAGACGAAAUUUUUCAUCUCAUUCAAAAUUUAAAUGACAGAAUCAGAAGAUUAGAAGAAAAAGCAGCAAAAGACGCAAGAAGAAAUAAAUCACUGAGUAGAAAAAUGAAUCAAAUAGAUAAACAACUUUCUGUCGUUCGAAGUUAUUUCUCAACCUGGAAUUCGUCGAAAGCAACUUACACGCGGUUAAACUCCUGUUAUAAAAUACAAAAUAUUGACUUAAGGAACAGCCAGCCGUCUGGGAUGGACCUACCUUAUCACAUGUUAGAAAAUCAAGCACCAAAUGGAAAUCUAGAGUGCCAAAGUUCUCCCAACUAUUUGAAAUCUUUUAAGAACUUUGUCAAAGAUCAGUGUCAACGAUUUAAGACCGAAUCGGUAGAAAAUAUUUCUAAAAAACUUUUUAAGUUUCCCGAAGAACUGAGAACAAGAAACACCAAGGUUAAAGCUCCAAAAAUUGCACACGAAAAACAAUUUGAGUAUGCAAAGGAAAAUAAAACGUGUGCGACGAUAGAUAAAUCUAUCCAGACAAUUAAAGAAAGUACAUUGCCAAAUGAAAACGUCAUCGUAAUGAAAAUCGAUCUUCAAAAAGUAAAUGAUAUUAUAAAAGAAAUUAUUUGUUUACUGGCCGAACUUUGUCCGAUAUUAGAAAUGGAAAUUCAAGAUUUGACGAACAGGGUCUUAAAUUUGAACAAUAAAUGAAAGAUGAAGAUUUGUAUUCGACCGAAUUUUCUUUCUAAUACGAUCAAUCAAAAUUUCUAUUGUUAAUUACUUCUUAGAAGAUUGAAUAAACUUACACUAAAUUAAAUAAAUUAUAUUUUAUACUAAUAUACAGCCCACUAGUGGCCGAGUGGAUGAAACCACCGAACAAUGAUAGAAUGUUCUGGUUAUGUGGAUUUUUCUAGGUUCUAUUUGCGUUAAUAACCAAUUGGGGCCAAUUUCCCAUUCAAAGUCUUCCCGGGAGGCAUAUCCUCAGCAGAUCGUCCACGUAUUGAGCUGUUCUGUACAGUACAAGUAAACUAUGUUUACCUUUUUGCUUAGGGCCUCGAGUUUCAAAGAACUCAAAAAUUUCUACAAAAAAGAAAACUGAAGUCAAAUUUUGUAACAUAAAUUUUUAUUUAAAAUUUUUAAAAACGUGAAGGACCUGAGCUUAGGGCCUCGAAAUGCUUAAAUCCGGCUCUGUGUCCCAUACAAAAUUAUACAAGUACAGCUCAACUUGUAAACUACCCCUGCCAUAUUUAAACAAUUUAUUUUUAUUGAAUCAUUAGAUUUUUAAAUACAAAAUUGAUGAACAUCUGAUAAAUCCUGGGUGUAAUAUAAAUAAAGAAUUUUACACGAAAUUACUACAAUUUUUUAAAAUAUAAUCUAAUUCGAUGUAAUUUCUAAAUAAAUAAAUAAACAUGGAAAAUUUACUGCAUAAUUCAAGAUUAAAAAUAAUUUAAAAAUGAACAGUUUAAUAACAACUUAUAUUCUUUAAUAGCCACAGGAUAUGGGAAAGGAAAUUUAUUGUUCUGGGAAACAGUCAUUUGUUCUCUAUUUCUUAAACAUUAAUCACUCUCUCAAACCUCUCUCCUCCGAAGAUAGCCCAUUAACGGGGUCAAAAACAAUGUUCUUUAACUUCCCCACUGCAUUGAUCAAUUCGGCCAAGUAAUUACAGUGGCUAGUUCAUCGUUAUUAAACAAUUAACUUUACAUUAAAAUUGUUAUAAAACUAUAUUUAUAAACUUAAUUUUCUAUGUAUAAAUAAAAAAUGAAAAAGAAAUAUUUUUAAUGAGAAAUAAACUGUCUUUUGUUUCGGACAAGAAGAUGAUAUCUGAUGAAUGAGGACCAUUAUGAUUCCAUGACUGAUUUUCCCAAAAUAAUUCGACUGCCGCAUG